CGCACACACACACACACACAGACAGACGGACAGUCCUCAGACGUGGCGGCAGCGCGCGCGCGUUGGAGCGAAAGGGCACUGAAGGCGGGCGCCGCAGGUCCUCUAUAAACACCUCCUCACUCCUGAUGCAGCACUCAUUUCAUUUGGUGGGUUAAAAGAAAGAGAAGAGCGCAGCAGGCUGGGUCCCUGCAGGAAAAUGAGAUGAAGUCGGGCGGUUUCUCGGCACGGGGCGGAUGUUUAAGGAUGCUGCGCGAGCGAGGAGGAAACGGUACCGGACCCGGCUCAGGGAUGAGUGAAGCCAAAAACGAGCUCUCUCUUUCCACGAGGUGAGGUCUGACUUACCACAGCUACAGAAAUGGUGUACGCUUUGCCAAUGGAUGCUGCGAAGCCGUCUCUGCACACGACACUCCUGACAUACCUGAUGCCGAACAGUUCGGAGAGGGACAACGUGUCGACUCUCCCAGGCAGUUCACCCACACCUGUCUGCAAUUUGGACACGCCCUCGUUCCAGCCUAACAGCACCCGGGUGUCCUACGAGCUCACUCCAGCAGAAGUGACCAUUCUCGGGCUGAUCUUUGGAAUCUUUUGGUUGGUCUCAGUUCUAGGGAAUGCUUUGGUGUGUCUGGUGAUACACCGCAGCCGCAGAACUCAGUCCACUACAAAUUACUUUGUGGUGUCUAUGGCCUGUGCUGAUUUGCUGCUGAGCUUGGGCUGCGCUCCGUUCCUUCUGCUCCAGGUCUCAUCCGGGUAUUGGCCCCUGAGCGCGGCAGCCUGCAAGGCAGUGCGUUACAUCCAGCACUUGUGCCCUGGUGUGCAGGUCUACGUGCUUCUUUCCAUCUGUGUGGAUCGCUUCUACACGAUCGUGUAUCCACUAAGCUUCAAAGUGUCUCGGGAGAAGGCAAAACGCAUGAUUCUGGCUUCCUGGCUCUUUGACACAGCCUUCGUCUCGCCGUGCCUCUUUUUCUAUGGAUCUCCUUCAUCAAUUGCGCAAAGACACUGCGAAUUUUUCCUUCCAGGAUCUUGGGAUGGUCUGGCCUACGCUCUGAUUCACCUCCUGUUUGGGUUCCUGGUUCCAGCGCUUCUUAUCUUAUCCUUCUACCAGAGGGUCGUGCGCUACAUCUGGCGGAUUAGUGUGGACGGACGCACUGUGCGAAGGACUAUGAACAUCGUACCCAGAACAAAAGUGAAAACCAUCAAGAUGUUCCUGAUGCUCAACACUGUGUUCCUCCUCACAUGGAUGCCUUUUUAUGUAGCACAGCUUUGGCAUCCUGAUGUAUCUGCUGGCCCCAGCAGGCAGGGGGCGCUGUUCUUUGUUGCAGUCGCAUGGAUGUCGUUCAGCUCCACUGCUUCGAAGCCAACGCUGUACUCGGUGUACAACGCCAAUUUCAGACGAGGAAUGAGAGAGACGUUCUGCAUGUCGUCGAUGAAGUGCUACCGGAGCAACGCGUACACCAUCACCGCCAGUUCACGGAUAGCGAAAAAAAAUUACGUCGGUGUAGUAGACUUGCCUGUGCCGCCAAAAACUCUGAUCAAAGAUUCCGUUUAUGACACUUUUGACCGUGAAGCGAAAGAGAAAAAACUAGCAUGGCCUAUAAGUGUCAACCCACCAAAUACAUUUGUAUAGAUUGGUAUGGCGUGGUGACGUCCGUCCGAACGUCCUCAAAGGUGCUUAGGUUCACAUUUCUUGGAAUGCACCAAGCAUCAAGAACUGAAAGUCCUCUACCUAUCGUCAUUCGAACUGAAACAGACAAGUAGGAUGUGAAAGAAGCAAAAACGUGCUCAGUUUAACUGACAGUAGCCAGGUGUCUGGCUCAUAUGUUCGUGAGGAGAAACACUUUUUGUCUCAUUUCUAUCUGUAGUAUGUUAGGUAACGUUAAAUUCCUGUGUGUUGUUUCUCGUGAUCAUAAAUGUCGUGAUGAAAAACGGAAGACGCUUGUUGAGAGAAAGGAACCGCAAGUCUGUCGUAUCUACAGUACUGUGCAAAAGUCUUAGACACCCUAUGUUUUUUUUUCCAUAUAAACUUUGUUAUAGAUUUCUAUUUUAUGAUUUCGACAUUAUCGAGUCAAAACAUUACAACAUUUUAGAGUCCAAACGUUCGUUUUCCAGCACAAAAUUAAAUGUUGCAGGGGAAAAAAAAGUUUGUAAUAUGUCUGAGCAACAUAUUCCAUAAGAGAGCACUUUUCAGAUUAAAAAAGAAACCAUAAUGAAGGCUGCUGGGUUUUGGUGUAAAAUGAAGAAGCGAGUGUGACCGUCAAAGCGUCCAGAAGAACUGUGGCUGGUUCUGGAAGAUGCUCAGUAAAACCUACAGCUCAUUUCCACAUAAAACUGCACUCAUUGGACCUGAGACUACUUUUUUUUUUUAAAGCAAAGGGUCGUCUCACACCAAAUACUGACUUUGUUUCAUUUAUUAUGCCUUACUGAUUACUGUUUAUAGUAUUUUUUUUAAUUUUGAAACAUUUCAUUAUUUUUAAGCCAUUUUUGUUCUACAGCAUUUCUUUACACGUGCCUAAGACUUUUGUGCUUACAGUACUGUACAUGUCCAUGCGGUCUAAGAUUUGUUCUACGGGAUUUUUGAGAAGAAUGGGCUUUCUGAUGAUACUACUGCUGUGAUGAUGCUUUCAUUUAUUACCAUAGAGUGUUACUUUCUGUAGGAAACACAUCCUGU